CACUGUGGAAAAGAGCUGGCUCAAAGGGACCUCUUGCAGUUAUAACCUUAGACUCAUGAGUCAAAACACAGAAAAUAUGCUACAAACUGCAACACGAUAUACAUUCUAAACACCUUAAUGUUUGAAACAUCCAAGACCAAAGAUGUACUGUGGAAACAGAUUCUAGCCUUUCAUUGAAGAACAGAAUUUGGUGACAGAUGAUGUGAUGGUUGUAGAGGGAGAAGUUGCUACAAUCAGUUGCAGAGUCAAAAAUAAUGAUGAUUCAGUAAUUCAGCUGCUGAAUCCCAACCGACAGACAAUUUAUUUCAGAGACUUCAGACCUUUGAAAGACAGCAGAUUUCAGCUAGUAAAUUUCUCAAAUAGUGAGCUUCGAGUCCUGUUCUCAAACGUUUCAUUGUUGGAUGAGGGGAGAUAUUUUUGCCAGCUGUAUACUGAUCCACCUCAGGAGGUGUUUUCCACAAUUACAGUACUUGUACCUCCGACAAGUCUGCUCAUUGAUGUCCGGGAUGAAACUGUGACUGAAGGAGAGGAGGCAGAGCUAAACUGCACCGCCAUAGGAAGCAAACCUGCCACCAAGAUCAGAUGGUUUAAAGGGGACAAGGAGCUGCAAGGAAAAAAGCUAUCAGAGGUGGUAGAAGGCAAGACUGUCACAGUGACGAGUCAGUUAUUAAUGACGGUUCACAGCGACGAUGAUGGAGUUCCUAUUACCUGUAUGGCUGACCACCCAGCAGCCAAAGACCUCCAGGAACAGAGACCUCUUAAUGUACUAUAUAAACCUAAAGUGAAGAUUUCUGUUAACUUUCCACAAGGCCUUACAAGGGAAGGUGAAGCAUUUGAAAUGACAUGUACAGCAGAAGGAAAGCCACGGAAUGUUGCAGUGCACUGGUUGAGAUUGGAAGAUGAGCUACCAGCACACAUACUUCUAGAAGGUCCAAACUUGUUGAUAAACAACUUGAACAAAACAGACAAUGGUACAUACCGCUGUCUGGCUUCCAACAGUGUGGGAGAAUCGUAUGAUGACUACACACUUCGUGUAUAUGAUCCCCCUACUACUAUCCCUCCUCCCACAACAACCACCACCAUCAUUCCUACCAUCACCACCACCACCACCACCAUCAUCAUCAUCAGUCCAGACACCGCGCCGACGACAGAGCCAGCAGUACACGACUCUCGAGCAGGAGAAGAUGACACCAUGAAAGUGGACCACGCAGUAAUUGGAGGAGUCGUUGCAGUUGUGGUUUUUGCCAUGCUCUGCUUAGUUAUCAUUCUGGGACGAUACUUUGCCAGACACAAAGGUACUUAUUUUACUCAUGAAGCAAAAGGAGCAGAUGAUGCAGCAGAUGCAGAUACAGCCAUCAUCAAUGCAGAGGGUGGACAGAACAAUUCCGAAGAGAAAAAGGAGUAUUUUAUCUAAAACUGGUCUUGGUUUCCAUGAGGUGUCUAACUGUGGAAUGUUUACUAGCCCCAGUUUACACUACGACAAAGGAUUUUAAAAUGGAAUGUGGAACUGGAUUUACUUUCGUUUUUGGAGGGGUGGGAAGGGAAAUGCAGGGGAAAAGUUGCUGGAUAGAUUUGAAUUUACGGAGGGGGUAUUGAGUUUUUUUUUUCCUUUGAUAGGUAAGCUCCGCUGUUUGACACCUCAGUAACUUGCCAAGAGAAGCUUGGAUUUAGUUUAGUUAAAUCAUUUGCAGACAAUUCUGUGCCUUGUUUUUGGUUUUACCCAAUUGUCUUGUUGCAUUGCCUGCUGGAACCAUUGUACAUUAUCAGAUUCACCUUUUUCUCAUUUAUACUUUAUAACAGCCAGCACAUUACAGGAAAGAAAAUCACAGUGAAGAUCUUUCAGCUCUCGGUUGAAUUCUUAUAUUGGCAUUAAAAUAUGAACAAGCGUAAAAGAUAAUGCCCAUUGUUCCCAUCUUUUCUUAAAUUCCGUUUUAUCAUAGCAUCCGAAGACAAGUAACUUAAACUGUGACUCAAAAUGUACUCAGUAUUUCUACAGAAAGAAUCUGCGACACAGGGUUAUCUGCAAGUGAGAUGUGUCGUAAUGAGCUGAAGUGAGCAUUUUUUUUCCAGUUCUGCUGUCCAUAGAUUGCUCAUGCUCAGUAUAUUUAGCACCUCAGACUUGUCUGGACAGGUUAAGGGCAGCAAGGAGAGAAAUCCUUCCUUUGCUGUCCUAACCAUACUGACAAGUGAGGGCCGUGCCUUUUAAGCAGGUGGACACAUUUCAGUCACCACUGGAGGAAAUGUAACAAGUUCCACUGAGAGAGUUCUGCUCCUAAGGUUUUUGUCAGCCUUUCCCAGUUGGCUUUACUCUUUGAUAAAAUGCAUGAGACAGACGGGGUCUUAUGCUGCCAGUGACUUACAGCCUUUUUUUCCAUUUUUGUCUUGAAUAGAAAAGAAGUGGGAUACAAUCUGCAUGUACUGUAUAUUACAGUUUUGUCCUCUGAGUCCUGUUUUCAUAUCUUUGAAAGAAAUGUGUACCUUGCCCGAUUUAAUGUAGAGAGGCAGAAGUAGCAAAAGGAAGAGGCAGUAUUUCCUUUUGUGCCUGAUACUGACAUUUUUGAACUCCAAGAAUCCUCUGCGCAUAUGUGGGAGAAAGCUACUAAACACAUCUUCUGUCCUGUUUAGCUUUCUCACUUCCUUAAUGAAGGUUUUUUUUUUUCUUUUUUAAUCCAAAGCCCUGUACAUGCAGCUAAUGGAACCAUGCACAGAUGUGAUGACUACCGUACAACCGUACAGCUUGGAGAGUGUGCUGCCUUGAAUACAUGGAUUAUGGACUUUCUAAACACUCAGAACAGAAAUGUUUAUUUUUAUGGAGAGGAAGAGUAUAAAAUUUCAUCACAUGAUACAUAAAAAGCAGAAAUAAAGUAUUAUUUAAAAUUAUUAAUUAUUUGGAGCUGCAGAUAGCUACCUAAAUUUGAAAACUAACAAAAACGUUGAGUAUGUAACUGUGGAAUAUUAAAGAAUAUUAUUUUCAUUGCUAUUAUUGCAUCAUUUAGCAUACCAUUGUACUGUAUGCCAAUGUGUCUUUUUUUUUUUGUUUGUUUCAUUUUGUUUGUUUUUUAAAUAGAGUUUUAAUAUUUGGUGGCAGUUUUACAGGAACUGUUUCCAUAAUCUUUGGGGGGAAUACAGUAGAAGUGGGGCCUUUUUGGCAAGAGACUGGAAGGAUCAACAAAAAUUGGAUAUGGAUGAUUGCUUUCUUUUUUUUUUUUUUUUUUUUUAAUGCUCCCCGCCCCUCCUCCACUCUUUAAUGUGCCCAUCUCCUUGCAUAGCAGUCUCCUUACUGAAACACCAGUGUCAGAAAGGGUCACAAAAGUGAUCCGAUUUUGAGGACUGUACCAUCUGUCACUGUAUUUCUUAUGUUUUGGGGGAGGGAGAGAUGGGAGGGGCAUGGACAGGGAGAAACAGUCAGAAAGUAAAGAUUGUGCUAAUGAUCAACAAAAGACAAUUUUAUAUUACUUGUCAGAAUUUGACAUUCAGUUCAUGACCAGUAUUCUCCACUUUUGAAAGUGUGCAGUAGUGCAGUGUUACUGAUGUUCUUGUUUUUUCAUUCUUCUGACACUGUUUCCAUGUCUCAGGUUCAUGUGUUUUUGACUGGUGUUUUGCGUCUCAGGUAGAUUGCAAAGUUUUAGGCCCCACACAUUGACAGUGAGAAGAAAAAUACAACUCAUUACAUAUUUUUGGGAUUUUCAGUUGUAUAUGUUUUAUGUAUAUUUUUCUUAAAAUACAGUGCACUGUUUUAAAUGUAUCGAGUAUUAUUUUGUAAAAUUCUUGGAUCACCCAAGUGUGUUCAAAGCCAGGUGAAAUAAGAACAAAUUUAAUAAGCACAAAUAAAGUAAAAAAAUAAAUAAAAGGUUUGAAAUAAAUACAAUGAAGAUGGUCUCUGAUGCCAAAUAAAUUUGUUCCAUUGUCACCUGUGCUAUUCAUAUCUUAGGCCAGUUCUGUUUGUUUUGGGUGUACAUGGAUGAUGUUACAGUGUAUGAAACAACUCAUGUCCAUAUGUUCCCAUACACAUUUUGUAUUGGUUCAUGUAUACCAUUUUUACAGAGGAAACUACUGAAAAGUUCCUGUCUUCUUAAUAAAAAAUAUAUUAAUGUUA